CGUGGCCGAAAUGUCAAAUCCAUAUUGUGAGUGAAAUACUUAUUUUCGUGUACAAACCAUUAAUGAUCAUAUGCAAUCUAUAAAGACAAGGAAUGCUUUAAUCUUCCGAACAGACCAGGGAGCAUCAGCAGGCUUACGUGCCUUUAGAAUGUCCACUAGUUACUAGCCUAUAGCAUCGCACAUUACGAGUCCGGUUUUACUGUUUGUACUUCAGCCAGCAUCGCUAAACCCUUCACACUACCUCUUUCUGCCGCAUGCAAUACAGUUCCUUUCCAAAUUUCGAGAUUUGCUUGGCACAGCUCAGUCGUCUGUGCUGAUGACAGGCAAUGUUGUUUACAUGUGAAUUUCGUAAGGCUUAAGUGUAGUUUACCCUUUGAGUGCUGGUUAUUUAGCUACACUUUUCCCGUUUAAAAGAGCGUUUCUCAUUCUCUGGCGAACGCGAGAGGGGCAGAGUUCUGUGCCAUUGGCGGUGGGGCGCUGCUUACAAAGACAUCAGGCGAGGGAUCGACUAGGGCGACACACGCAUCCAUUGACAGAUUGCAAUGUCAACUGAGGAUGGAAAGAAUGCGCUGAUGUCCCGAACCACGGAGCGGAUCAGCUGAGUUACGGACUGAAUCAGCGCAGACGAAAUGAGCCAUAUGGAGCCCCGGCGGUCGCGCACGGUGAAGAGGCGAAUGUGGGGAGGCCUGCGCCAGCAGUGGAAGCUGCUGGGACUCUUUGAGAUUGACCAGCAGCAUGAGUUCUACAGCCUCACGUGCAUGAUGAAGGAGGGUCUGUCCACUGCUAUCCAGAACACCAUAGACAACCCACUGCCCGAGGAACUGUCUGAUGAUGAUUUCAGGAUGGAAGUCACUCAGAUUCACAAGGAAUUCAGAAUGGAGUCAUUUGCCGGGCCGGUGUUUGCCAGCUUGCGUCGCUCUCUGGGGAUGACUGAGAAAGAGUAUCAGCUCUCUCUUUCGUCUGAAGGCCAUUAUCUGCAGUUCAUCAGCAAUUCCAAAAGCAAAGCAGACUUCUUCCUAACAAAUGAUAAACGGUUCUUCCUGAAGACACAAAACAAAAGGGAAGUUCGGUUCCUGUUGUCUAAUCUAAAGAUCUAUAUGGAGCAUCUGGAAAAAUAUCCUCAUUCCCUGCUGGUCAAAUUUCUCGGUGUUCAUCGAAUCAAAAUUCCCCAUCAGAAGAAGAAAUACUUCAUUGUAAUGCAGAGUGUUUUUUAUCCAGAUGAGAGAAUACAUUCAAGGUAUGAUAUUAAAGGCUGUGAGGUGAGCCGCUGGACAGACCCCGCCCCGGAGGGCAGCCAGGUCAUCGUGGUGCUGAAAGAUCUCAAUUUUGAAGGCCACUUUAUCACACUAGACCAGCAGCGACCCUGGCUGCUGCGGCAGGUGGAGAUCGACACGGACUUCCUCCAGACGCUGAACGUGCUGGACUACAGCCUCCUGCUGGCGGAGCAGCCCUUGCACGAGGACGAGCGGCACCACAGCCUCUCCUUCGCCACCCUCAUCAUGCGCACCAAGAAGUCUAUUUCUGCCAUUACUACAAAGAGAAAAACCAGCAGGUCCAUGGUUACAAGCUCUAGUCCCACGCACACAGGAGCAGCUCCCUCAGUUCCGGGAACCGUUCCAGAGGAGGACUCCGCCAUUCUGGAGUCACAGACGGAUUGUGGGAUGCAGCACUGUCACGUCAUGGACAUGCGUGGUGGCAGCGGUGGGGCCGAGGAGGAGGAGGAGGAGGAGGUCAGCAGCGUGCAAGAAGAGCUGCGUGGCAGAGGGACACGCACAGGCUCAGCCGAACUGAGAGACUUCCAGGCCCAAAACCGCAGACUGCUACCCAACUUCAAAAACCCCCUGCAUGUAAUCGAUGGGCCAGAGCAGCGCUAUUUCAUAGGGAUCAUUGACAUUUUUACCGUGUAUGGCUUUAAGAAGAGGCUGGAGCACCUGUGGAAGACACUCAGGCACCCUGGGCGGACCUUCUCGACAGUUAGCCCCCCCGCCUACUGCUCACGGCUGUGUCAGUGGGUGCAGGACCACACCAAGUAGGGGGGUGGGGGGGGGGGUGGGGGUGGGGG